GCUAUGAGGACAAUAAUAAUCUAUCUACAGAAUGGUUUAUAGACCUUACCCAAGAUCAAACUAAUAUAAGUUUACCAAGUUAUAAUAAUCUAUCUAUAGAAUGGUCCAGAGGAUUUAAUCAAGAUCAAAUUAAUAAUAAUCUACCUAUAGAAUUAUCUACAAACUUUACUCAAAAUCAAAUUAAUAAAAGUUUACUAAAUUUUUAUAAUAAUCUAUCCAUAGAAUGGUUUACAGAAUUUAGUCAAAAUCGAACUAAUAAUAAUGUACCUACAAAAAUAUCUGUAGACUUUAUUACUAACAAUACGCUUAUGAAAUGGAAUAGAGAUUUUACUCCAAAUCAAACUAAUACAAGUUCGCUAAAUAUUAAUAAUAAUCUGAUUAUAGAAUUACUAGUGAGCAUUGCUCAAAAUGAUGAGAAUCAAACUAAUCAUAAUCUAUCUGUAGAGUGGACCACAUGUUUUACUCAAGAUCAAACUAAUAAUACAAAUUUACUAAAUAGGAAUAAUACAGAAAUUACUCAACAUUAUGAAAGCCAAAUUAAUACCAUACAACAAGAUGAUGCAAAAUUAGUUAAAGAGAAUAAAUCUCCAAUUUCACUCGUUUCUAGGCGUAAAAAAAAUCCAAGAUGCAAGAAAUGUAAUCUUAAAAAACCUCACUAUGAUGAAAAUUCUAAUCAAUGUAAAGAUUGUUAUCGGGCUUCAUUACGAGUUUUAAGCAGUAAUAAAUUAAUAGAUGAUUUUAUUAAAUCGAUACAAACUUCUUAUAAUAUUCUUAAUGGUCUUCGCCCAAAAAUUCCAAUUGAUAUUUCACAGAAAUUAGUUAAAAUAAUGGAAAAUUGCUGGCAUCCAGAUCUGGACAAAAGAAUUAAGCUCGAUUGUUUUUGGGCGCUUCAACAACUUAUUACUAAAGCAAUAAGAAGAGAAAUAAAAUUUCUAAAAAAUAAAGAUACAAGUAUUUUACUGACUAAAAUGAAUAAACAAGCAAUUUAUUCUAGUCAACCAUUAAUACCAUUAAUUAGUAAAGCAUUGACUUUACAAA